AUGCAGGCAAACAACAAAGCACCAGCGCUGGGGGAGAUGGGAAUCGAGUCGGGCCCUACAAGUGACGAGGGUGAUGCUACCGUCCGUGUUAAUCCGCCAGGGACGGUGCUCGACGACAGCGACAUGCACCGUAUGGGAAAGGUCCAAGAGCUCAAGCGAAAUCUGCGACCGGUGGCCGCUCUGAGUUUUGCGUCAGUAUUGCAGGCGACUUGGGAGUUUGUUCUGAUAUCGAAUACGGAGGGACUGGAGAAUGGCGGCCUGGCUGGGAUGUGUUGGUCUAUGAUCUGGACGUUUGUUGGCUUUGGCUUUAUCAUUGCCUCGUUGUCGGAGAUGGCUUCGAUGGCUCCGACGUCGGGAGGGCAGUACCACUGGGUCUCUGAAUUCUCCUCGCCGCGAUAUCAGAAGUUCCUCAGUUAUAUCACAGGCUGGAUGUCCGUCCUCGCAUGGCAGGCCGGGGCAGCAUCAGGCUCGUUCCUCACCGGCACCAUCAUCCAGGGCCUCAUCACGAUCCGCAAUCCAGACUACGAACCCGAGAACUGGCACGGCACGCUGUUCGUCUUCGCCAUGAUCUUCAUCAUCUACAUCUUCAAUGUCUACGCCGCCGACGCAAUGCCCGUCCUGAACAACCUCCUCAUGAUCUUCCACCUGCUCGCCUGGUGCGUCGUCCUCAUCGUCCUCUGGGCCAUGGCCCCCCAUCGCAGCGCCAAAGCCGUCUUCACCGAGUGGACAAACCAGACCGGCUGGCCCAUGGGCGUCAGCGUCAUGAUCGGGCAGAUCUCCGCCAUCUACGGCUCUUUGAGCUCCGACGCAACAGCACACAUGUCCGAAGAAGUCAGCAACGCCGGCCGCAACGUCCCCCUCGCCAUCUCCUGGGGCUACUUCACCAACGGCAUCAUGGCCAUAAUCCUACUAAUCGCAUACCUCUUCUCAAUCCCCUCCGUCGAAGACGCAAUCAACGACCCAACAGGCUUCCCCUUCCUCUACGUCUUCCGCAACGCUGUCUCAACCCCCGGCGUCAACGGCCUGACAGCUAUAAUCCUCAUCCCCGUGAUCUUCAGCAACAUCUUCUUCAACGCCUCAACCUCGCGGCAGACAUUCGCUUUCGCACGAGACAAGGGUCUUCCAUUCGCGCGGUGGAUCGCACACGUUCACCCGCGCCGCAAAAUCCCCCUCAACGCCAUCGCGCUAUCCUGUGUGAUCUCCUGCCUGCUAUCGCUUAUAAACAUCGGCUCCGAAACGGCCUUCAACGCAAUCAUAUCCCUCAAUGUUGCCGCGCUCAUGUACACCUACGUCAUCUCCAUCUCGUGCGUCGCCUACCGCAAGAUCUGGCACCCGCAGACCCUACCCUCGUGCCGCUGGGAUAUGGGCUCGUGGGGCCUACCUGUGAAUAUCAUUGCGUUGGUGUACAGUUGCUUUGCGCUCUUUUGGGCGCUGUGGCCGGGCAGUAGACAUGUUACGGCGGAGAACUUUAAUUGGAGUGUUGUGAUCUUUGGAGGGGUUUUUGUGAUUAGUUUGGGGAUGUAUGUGGUCAAGGGGAGGAAGGAGUAUACAGGUCCUGUGGUUAUUGUGCAGGGGGCGAGGGAGGAGUGA